AUGUCGUUACCGGAAGAUAACCUAAGAUUUCUCAGUAAAAGAAGAAGAAUAAAGAGGAAAAUGAUAAGGAAAAAAAGGAGGAGGAUAAGAGUGAAGAAUGAGAACAAGAAAGAGGAGAAGAAGAAAAAGAGACAUGAGGAGGAAAAGGAAAAGGAGAAGAAUGAGAAGCAAGAGGAAAAGGGGAAGAAAAAGUACAAGGAGGAAGAGAUACAGAAGAUGAAGGAAAAGGAUAAAUAUAAAAGGAGGUGGAAGAAGAAGAAUGAGGGAGGAGAAGGAGCAGGAGAGCAAAAAGGAAAGGAGAACGAGGAGAAGAAAUAG